AUGGCCGAGAUGGUCUGUGGGAGCGAGCAGAUGGCAGAGUUCUGGGAAGAAGUGGAGCAUGAGAAUCCAAGCAUGGCCGCAAUCUUCAAUGGGUAUGCAGGCUACUCAGACCAGGCGGCAGAUGCCAACGGCGAGAGAAUCACUGGCACCCGGCACUUCUGGGGUGCCCCACAUGUGACAGACACACAGGGUCUGGAGCAGCUGAUUUGUGGCAGUGACAAGCUGACCGAGCUUAAGGACCAGCAUGAAACAAAACAUGGGGACCUUUCUGGGAUGUUGAAAGGCCUUGCUGGGCGCACUUUGCAGCUGGAUGAUGACGGUGAGAGCCGUGCACGCUCCAAAAAGAACUUCUUAGGCGCUCCACACACGCAGGACACGCCACUCUCUGGCGUUUUGUGUGGAAGCGACAAGAUGCAAGAAUACCGUCAGAAGCACUUGGAGAAGUAUCGUUCUCAAGAGCGGAUGUUUGAUGGACACGCUGGGCUAAGUCUUCAAGCGGACGAUGCGGGCACUGGGCCGGUCCGUCGCCAAGGAAAGCGCGACUUUGGCGGUGCCCCACACGUGGCGGACUCGCAAGACGUGUUCGACUUGGUUUGUGGCUCUCCAACUCUGAAGGAGGCUCAUGCCAAGAAGACAAAUCCCUCACUGCAAAAUAUGUUCGAUGGCUGCGCAGGCCUUUACCUCCAGGAUGAAGACCUUGAGGGUCCACGAAGUCGCGGGAAGAAGAAGGUCAACGCACGAAGUGUUUAUCAUUCUUCACCUAGGCAGCAAUGCUUCGAGAAUGCUUUCCAGCCAAGCGAGUCACCCAGUAGCUAUCGCUCCGAGAUGCCAAAGCUUCCCACCUUGUUCAUCUCGCAUGGCAUCGGGCCAAUGCCUUUGCUCCUGGACGAAGCGCAUCCCUUUCGGCGAUCCUUGGCAGAGAUCCCCUCGCGCUUGCAGCUGGACGAAGAAAAUGUGAGAUGUAUCCUCGUGAUCUCCGCGCACUGGGAGACCAAGGGAGGGCUGGAGGUGACGCUGAGGAGAACCCAUGGUCAGGGGUUGCUCUAUGACUAUGCUGGAGCUCCUGAGAAGACCUACGAGGUACACCAGCGCUUCCACCCACCAGGUGAUGCAGAAGUGUCGGGUUGGAUCUUGGAUCUCUUAAGUGCGGCUGGGAAGGAGGUCAGACACAAUUCCGGACGAAAUCUCGAUCACGGUGUGUUCGUGCCUCUGACUUUAAUGCCGGAGUUGAUGAACAUCCCAGUGGUACAGCUAAGCCUUCCGGCACUGAGUGGUCAAAGAGGAGCUGAAGUGGCACAGCAUUGCUUGGAGGUGGGCCGGGCUUUGGCUCCUUUGAGGUCCCGAGGUGUUCUGAUCAUCGGCAGUGGGCUAGCGUCCACCGCCUCGGCGAAGCCGCAGCACCUGGAAAGGUGGGCCGAGCAAUUGAAACGCCUCUGCUGCAAAGCGCAGCCUGCCCAACGCUACGAAGGCCUUCGACAGUGGACCUACAUGUUGCCUCACGCUCGAGAGGUACAUGGCCGCGAAGAUCAUUUGUUGCCACUUCACGUUGUGGCAGGUGCUGCUUUGGAUGACCGGGGCCAGGUCCUGGCAGACCUUCGCGAACACGACCGCGCCAUGACGCACUUCACAUUUGGCUGA